UAUCAGUAUGUCAAUAAAGUUGUAAUCAGUGUUCAAAUGUGGGGGAUGGAGUUCAAAAAAAGCUAUUUAAUUUGACGUUUACUGUAACUUAAAGAAGGUUUGACGAAUACUUAGGUAGGCAAUACGACUUAAGUUAUGAAGAAUAAUUAGACCAGUGACUUAUAAAAAAUAAUACAGAACUUAGCAGUCCAGAAAGAUGUCGGACCCUACAAUUCAAACGUUUUGUUGUCAUCACACUGGAAACAGAGAAGAUUUUGCCGUAAAAAUCAUGGAUGAAUUUAACACGGAUUCAUACAACAUAGUAUGUUUAAUUUCGUCUACAAUUGGAAUUCUAGGUGCAGCAUAUCAGAUAUUGCCAGAUGUCUUGAAUAAAAUUAAAAGGGGACAUGUGUCAACUCGAGGUCGCAGGAUUAUUAUUUGGUUGGCUGUAGCUGACUUGCUAGCUUCUUUUGGUGUUCUAGUGCGGUCGUCUUUGUGGCUUAGGUAUAAAAAUAUUAUGCCACAGCCAGAUGACGAUGUUAGUGUACUAUUUUGUAGCAUAACCUCAGCUUGGACGCAAUACUUUUAUACGGUGACUUGGUUCUGGACUUUGUUUUAUGCUGUUGAUACGUGGCUUACAAUAAAAGGCCGUGAUUCUCAUACAUUACUUUACCAUUCAAUAGCAUGGGGUUUACCAGCAGCCACAACUGGUGUAGGACUAUCUAUUCUUUAUAUCCCCAAUGCAACGUGUCACAACCUACCAACUGUAACAAGUGCCUUAUACAAGAUAUUGCCCAACUAUUGUGCUACAUAUCUACCAAUUGCAAUGGUUAUGAUAGUAAACCCUAUUAUGUAUGUACUGUCAAGUAAAAAUGUGGAAAUGGCUGUGGCAGUUCCCCUUGCUCAGUUUACAAGUAAGGAAAGGAGAGUAGUGGACACAUUAAGACUGAAGUUUUUCCUGAUUAAUGCUGUUUUUUAUUUGUGUUGGUUGCCAAACCUGUUAAACGGUAUCCUUCUAUGGACAAUGUGGUUCAAUAUACCUGUUAAAGUCAUUCUUACUAUAUGGUACAUAAUGGCAUUAACAAACCCCAUGCAAGCUUUAUUAAAUGCACUUGUUUAUCGUAAAUGGAAUACAAACAGAUGGAGACAUAAUACAUUUAGCAAUGAGAUGAGGAAAGAGUUCCGGUUUUAUGAUGAACAGUCUCCAUUGUUAGGUUCAGAACCUCCAAGAUUACAGCUAUCACCUAUUCCGCCAGGCAUCAAUAAUUAUUCAACUUUGUAAUUAAUUGAAAUGAUUUCCAGUAUUGUUUGCAUUUGUUAUACAUUUUUUUAUAUGAAUAUACAUUUUUUAGUGUUUACAUACUUGUAUUAAUUAUUGUCUCAAGUUUAUAUGUAUGUAAAAUGGUAUUAGAAUGGAAAAUUAGUGAAAAAAUAUGUUCACAAUAUUAAGUGAAAUAGAUGAUUUUUUAUUAGUUACAGU